AUGCUCAGCGCCGUGAAAUUCGUUAGGGUUGACAGCGCUGGCGAGAGAAAGAAGGAUAGCAGCGGGCAUAAGGUGAAGCCCAGGAAGGGAUCGGACGACUCGAGCGACAGCGAGCGGGAGAGACGACGAAAGAAGCGGAAGAAGGAAAGAGGCGGGAAGAAAGGAAAGAGGAGAGGGCGGCGCGGGGGUGAGAGCGAGGCGGGGGAGAGCGAAUCGGACAGCGAGGAUGGGCGGGCGACGAGGAGAGCGAGGAAGCGGGAGGAGCGAAGGAAGAGGCGGGGCAAAUGGAUCGAGGACGUAUCGGACGGCUCAGAUGACUCGGAGGGGUCGGAUGAGGAGGGCGACGAGAUACGAGCUGGUGUGACCGCAGGUGCAGGCUCGGGUGCAGGCUUGGGUGCAGGCUUGGGUGCGCGGUCAGAGGGAGCAGGGCAGGGCGGGCAGCAGUCGCGUGAGGCAGCGGGGAUGGAGUGGAUGAUGCGCGCCCCGGAGCGGCCGCUGGGGGAAGCGAGGGCGGUGGAGGAGGAGGAGGAGAAGGGCAGGAAACAGAUAGUGCUGGGAAGCAGUGCACGCGAGCUCAACCCGUACUUCAAGACCGGGGACGGCUUCCCUGACUCCGCUGCCGCCCACCCUGCUGCUGACCCUGCCGCCCAUUCUGCCGCCCAACGGCUGGGCUCUGCCCGCCCAGCACCGCCGCCCGGUGUGGGCGAUGGCGGUGCCAGCUGGCGGCUGAAGGCUCUGCGGCGCGCCAAGGAGCAGGCGGAGCGCGAGGGGAAGCGACUGAGCGAGGUGGUGUCGGACCGGUGGGGCUCGCUCUCCUCCCUCACCGCCCGCCUCUCCUCCGCCCGCGCUGCCCCCGCCUUCGCCCACAAGCAUGCUGCCCGCGACCGCGAGAGGGGGGUGGGGGAGGACAGAGGGGACGAGGGGGAGGGGGCGAAGGAUGGGAGGGGAGAAGGAGAGAGAGAGGGGAAAAGGAGCAGGGAUGGUGAGGGGCUGAGGAUUGAAGACGUCAAGGGGGAUGGAUGGAGAGGUGGAGAGGGAAAGGGUUGGAGAGGCAAGGAGGGAGGCACAAGGGACAAGGGGAGCGGAGGCAGGGGAGGGUGGAGGCAGGAGGGAGAGAGAGAGAGGGAGGGAGAGGGGCGUGGCAGGAGGGGUGGGCGAGAUGAUGGCGGUGAGGAGGAGGAGGACGAAGAGGAGGAGAGGCGGAUGAGGGGCGGCAGGAUGGGGUACCUGGAGGGCGUGUCAGUGGGGGCGAGGGCGGGCAUGAGAGUGCCACAGCAGGAGUCAGUGUCGUGGCGCCGGCGAGGAGAGGGCGGGGCACGGGGUGAGAGGGGGGUAGCGGGUGACAAGUCGAGGGCAGGGGAAGGAGGGGGGGGCGAGGGGGGUGAGGAGAGGAAGCAGGCGUGGAAGGGGGUGGGGGCGUGGAGGCCUGGCAUGGGCGUGGGCAGGCGGGGCGGGUGGGCCGAUGGCGUGCUGGAGGAGGCGGCUCGCAGCGUCAAUGCCUUCGCUGACGACGGCGGCUUCCUUGCGCAGCAGCUGGCCCGUGGUGACGUGGUGGCAGGGCCAGAUGCGGGCGGGGGGAAGCCGCUAAGGGGAGUUGGGACCAGGGAGGAGGCGAGGGGUGCAGACGGUAGGAGCGGAGCAGCAGGGGCGAGAGGCCGGGAUGCAGGUGGGGCUGGUGAGAAGGCAGAGGGAGUAACCGCAGGUGAUGGGGACAAGAGUGACUGGAGGGAGGGCGGUGAGGGAAGGGCGAGUGAGGGAAGGGCGAGUGAGGGAAGGGCGAGUGAGGACAGUGGAGAGAGGGGUGCAGGGGAGGAGGUGGGGAGGUUUGCGAGAGGGGGAGGGGAGGGCAUGGAGGGUGGUGGUGGGGCUGCUGUGGAUGCGGGCGAUGCACGCGUGCAGGAGAUACUGGCAGGCGGACUGACAGCCAAUCAGAUGGCGGCAAAGGCCAUGCGGCUCAAGCUGAUGGGCAACGCGGAUGAAGCCGACUGUUGGCAGCGUGCAGCAGCGGCCAAGUCCCAGCCCCCUCCACCAGCACCACCGCCCGCGCUGCUGGCUGCACCUGCCACAUCCACACUGGAGCCCCGGGCUCUGGGGGAGGGCAGGGGGGACGGAGAAGGGGAGAGGGGGGAGGGGGAGGGGCGGAGGGAGGUGGUGCAGCUGCCGCUGGUGGAUGGCAGCGGGCGGUACCUGCCAGCUGUCAUGGCGGCACGGGAGGGGCGGGACGAGGUGCAGGCGGGGCGGCGGGAGAAGCGUGUGGAGCGAUACGAUGUGGAGGGGGGCACGGGGCAGCGGGCAAGGUACUUUGCGGACGACGACGGCGCGUCGCUGCAGCAGCUGGUGGCGGCGGAGCGGGCGGGCGCGGACGACCUGGGCGGCUGGGACCGGCGUGUUGCGGCGGGCAUCGGGCGGACGGGCGGGCGGUACAAGGGGCCGGUGGAGGUGGAUGAUGAAUACGACUGGGAUGAGGGGCUGCACGCAGGGGGGGGAGGAGGGGGGCGGAAGAAGGGCAGGUGA